AUGCAUUUUCAUGCGAUAGAAACGAAAACUUUUCCUCUGAUAAAACUUCCUUUUGACCUGAUUACAAAUAUUUUAUCGUUCUUGAUAAAACAUCAAAAUUCUAAAGUUCAUGGUUCUAAUCUUAUAUUCGUUAAUCAUUUAUUUGCCAAAGCAGCGAUACCUUUUGUUUGGUCUCAUUUAUAUCUUAAAGAACCAACUCAACGUAAUAUAUUCAACAUAUUACAAACUCCUCCUUCAAAUCUCAUGUUUAAUUAUCAAACCUUGGUGAAAAGCGUUACUAUUUGUCCUGUCUCUAUAUCUAACAUGAAAUCUGGUGGUUUAUUAAGAACCUUAGAAUUGGUUCAAAAUUUUCUUCCUAAUAUAUCCGGUUUACACGUUGAAGAUAGUUUGUCUUUUUGUCAUGUUUGUCAUGUUGGUAAAGAAGCCACCACUGAACAAGUGGCUGAUUUAAUUUCAAAAAAUCAUUUAGACAAACUAAUGUUAGAUUCUGAUCAUUCCGCUUUUAAUGAUGAUUUAUUAGAAAUUAUUACCAAAGAUUCUCAUUUAAAAUUUUUGUCGAUAAAUGGUUCAAAUUUUACUGAUGAUGGUGUAUUAAACCAUAUCAUACCAAAUCUUAAAAAUGAUCUGGUGGAAUUUUCGGUUGGUUUUGGUGGAAUGAAUCCUGUGUCCUUAACUGGCAAUUCUGUUAUAGCUCUUCUUGAACAUUGUCCAAAUAUAAGACGAAUGUCUUUGGAAGGUGUAAAUCUUAACGAUUCGGACUUCGCUGUUGAAGAUUUACCUUUAAGUCAACUUGAACAUCUUCGUUUAGGCAAAGCAUGCCAUCAAAACUUUACAACAAAUGGUCUAUUCUCUUUAUUAUCUACUUGUAAUAAGACUUUAAUUUCGCUCGUAUUAGACCUGGAUCAUUUAUCACAAUCUGCACUUCAAGAGAUUAUUAUUCCUUUAUUUCAACGUCAAAAAUUACAAGAAAUACAUUUGGUCUCUGAAUCAUGGGCUGAAUGGAUCGCUUAUUAUCCUAGACCUAGAUCUGAACAAGAAGUUAAAGCAAAAGAAGCAAUGUGGCGUUGGAAAUUAAAAGCUUAUUGGGGUUUAUCUGCUGAUUUGAUAAAUUUGGUGGGAUUAUUAGGAAUAGACAUUUUAUUAAAGGAAAUUGUUAUUCGAAUGUUUAAAAAUUGA